GCUCCCCUAUGGGGCUCCGCUCCACUCAUAGAACUGGAGUUACACUCCGGUAACUAGUCGUUUCCUGGAGCCAUUUUUCAAGCGGCCGAAAUGGAACUCGCGACCUAAUAAAAUCCGUUGCAUCUUCCUGUCUUAGAAACGUAUCGUUUAUCACAUUUUAACGAACGGCUAGAUAAGAUAUUUGUCUAACGAUAUCCCUGAUUAUUUUGGGACGAACCGAUGCGGAUUUUGAGAAAAAAGUGCUCCACAGUAGCGGAGGGACAAACGGACAUUCGAGCCUUAAGAUGAGAAAGGGGGGAGUCUCGGAGAAAGUCCUAAUUUCAGGAGUCGGGGGCUCCUCCAUGGACAAAAAACACACGGUUCUGACCCAAUACACCAACGCGACAUAUGAUCAGAUCUUAACCCCUCCGCCCUGGCCGAACCAGACUAACAAUGUCGGUGUCGCAGACCCGACCGACAGUCAGCUAUACACUACCCCCAUCGGGGUAUCUACAAACGGGACGGGACAGAGACCAGCCCUCGGAAGACCCCCGGCGAAGCGUCGGUUGGAGCUGGAAGGGGGCGAUCACCACCACACCAGUGAGACUAACUGUACAGCCAGAGCUAAGAGAGCCACCAUGCUGUCCCUCAGAGGACCCAAGACUCCUCCCUCCCCGUUAGAGAAGACCAGGUAUGACACCUCUCUGGGCCUCCUGACCCAGAAGUUUCUCCAGCUGCUGGCCCAGUCCAGUGACGGGGUGGUGGACCUCAACCGGGCCGCGGAGGCCCUAAUGGUCCAGAAGAGACGCCUCUAUGACAUCACCAACGUACUGGAGGGGGUGCGUCUCAUCAAGAAGAAGUCCAAGAAUAACAUCCAGUGGAUGGGCUGUAGCCUGUCUCCAGAGGGAGUGGUCUUUGGCCAGACCCCUGGGUCUGUGGGUAAAGACCUGCUGGAGUUGACCCAAGAGGAGAAGAGACUGGAUGAACUCAUACACAUCUGCACACGCACCCUCCAACAGAUAACUGAAGACACACCCACAAGGAAAUUUGCAUACAUAUCUUAUGAGGAUGUGAGAAGGGUUCCUAGUCUGAAGGACCAGACGGUCAUUGUGGUCAAAGCCCCCGCUGAAACCAGACUGGAGGUGCCAGACCCUGCAGAGAGUCUCCAGGUCCACCUGAGCAGUACCCAGGGUCCAAUAGAAGUCUUCCUAUGCUCUGAUGACCACGCCCCCCCCUCCCCGCUGAACAACGUGGCGCUGAAUGGAAACGUACAUCCCCCCUCUUCGUCGUAUGUCAAUGGAAACUCCUCUUCGUCCUUCUUCAAGGUGUCACAAGGGGGUAAUAACUCCACUGAUAAUGCCAGUAUUGGUUUCUCCAAUGCCCUGUCCAGGCUCCCAGCAUGCUCAGCAGUGACGGUGACCCCCGUCUCCCUCCUCCCCCUCCAGGAUGUCGACCAGAAGCCCUUUGUCUUCCCCUCCCCCUCCCUCCCGUUCGAGGAGGACGACUACCUGCUCAGCCUGGGUGAAGAUGAGGGCAUCAGUGACCUGUUCUCCUACGACCUGGACCGGCUUCCACUGGAAGACCUGCUCUGUAACUGAGAGAAAUGGAAACUCAGCGGCCAUUUUGGGGAUUUUGAUUUUGGAGCCAUAUUAUUGACCAGAUUUUAUGUGGUCAUUUACAGUAUAAAGAACUGAUGUAGCCUAUAGACCAGUGGGCUCAUCACCUGAAGCUCAGCAGCCAUUUUGGAGCCAGGCUUUGUUUUCUUGACCUCCUGGACUGGUCCGCUCAUAGAGGAUCUGCUGUGUAAUUGACCUCUAACCCCAUUUUUGGGUGGAAUGUGGAAAUGCCUGUUCUUGGUAUAGAUGUGAUUUGAAGGAAGUUAGUCUACGUUGCCAUCCAGACAAAUGUGGCAGGCCAGCACAAACACAGACUGACUGGAGGGGAGAAUUCUGUGGCUGAACGAACAGACAAAACCCCCUUCUCAAAGCCGGUCUUUCUGGGCUGACCUAGACCUGCACUGACAGGUAAACCAACAUCCUAAACAAUCACCCCGCUAGCAGACCGUUAUAUCCUAAACAAUCACCCACUCCCCGAUAGCGGACCGUUAUGUCGUCAACAAUCACCCACUCCCCGCUAGCAGACCGUUAUGUCGUCAACAAUCACCCACUCCCCGCUAGCAGACCGUUAUGUCGUCAACAAUCACCCACUCCCCGCUAGCAGACCGUUAUGUCGUCAACAAUCACCCACUCCCCGCUAGCAGACCGUUAUGUCGUCAACAAUCACCCACUCCCCGCUAGCAGACCGUUAUGUCGUCAACAAUCACCCACUCCCAGCUAGCAGACCGUUAUGUCGUCAACAAUCACCCGCUCCCCGCUAGCAGACCGUUAUGUCGUCAACAAUCACCCACUCCCAGCUAGCAGACCGUUAUGUCGUCAACAAUCACCCGCUCCCCGCUAGCAGACCGUUAUGUCGUCUUAAUGAACUGUUCUCGUCUGAAAGCACAUAUUUUCCCUACAGAGAUGGGUUAUGGAUGUUAACCCCUGGACACACAUUCUUACCAAUAUCUACCAUUGUGUGACUGUUAUCUGUGAACUUGUGUUUUAUAAUGUGAUGUAGUGGACCCUACGAUAUGUCCUGGUUCUCCGUUCACCAGAAGGGAGCAGACCUGAUAUCUAGGCCCCAGGAUGGUGAGGUCUGCCUGGGCAUCGAUGGUGCGUGAGUCCCCUGGUCUUCCACUUGGAGCCUUCUGACCCAAUACUGGGAGACUCACUGGUAUUGUUAGGAUAACCAGCGUAUGUAGUGAAAGAUGACCUUAGAAUGUGUCCCAAAUGGCUCCCUAUAUAGUGCACUACUUAAUAUAUCAGGGCUCCAUAGGCUCUGGUCAAAAGUAGUGCACUAAAUGGGGAGUAGGGUGCCAUUUGGGGGAGAAUCCUUUUCCUGAUGUAAUUACUACACAAUUGGUGUAUUUUUAGUUUGUGUUUUGUAUCUGUUUUAAAGGAGUGUGUGUAA